AUGAGCCGCUUUCUGAACGUGUUGAGGAGCUCAGUGAUCGCUGUGGGAAACACAGUGCAGAGCUUCAGAGAUCACAGCUUCCUGUCCCAGAAGCUCUACACAGGAACACCUGAAUAUGUAAACGGUCUUCAGGCGAGAACCUUUGGCAUAUGGACUCUCCUGUCCUCCAUCCUCCGCUGUGCCUGUGCCAUAGACAUUCAGAACAGAACGCUUUAUCAUAUCACUCUGUGGACAUGUGUUCUGGCGCUCGGUCACUUCCUGUCCGAAGUGUUUCUCUAUAAAACUGCUCCUCUGAUUGUAGCCAGUUUCUCUAUCGUGGGCAUGUUAAUCUUUGAGCCUCAGGAAGUAGUGGGAGCCCGUCAGAAGAAGAGGAACUGAGGGAUACUCCCGGCUGAUGCUUCAUCACUGAUGCCUUCGGCUGUGA